AUGUCACGCGCAUCAAAGCUCACCCUGCUGAGCACCUCGCUCUUUGCCGCCACGACGGUGAUAUUUGUGCACUUUCAGCAAAAAGCCGAAAAAGCUGCAAUGCAUCAAGGCGUCAUCCGAGACAUGGAACAGCAGCGCAUCAAGCGUGAGCGCCAACUCGACUUUGACAUGCAGCGUCAACUCGAGGAGGAGUACAAAAAAGGCCAGUCCGUCCGCGACGUCACGCACGAGGCGCCACCUGAUCCUCCCAGUAAAGGAAGGCCAUGA